AUGCAGAUCCCCACUCUCAUCGACGCUCUCUCCACAUCCCACCCGCCGCCGCCCCUUCUCCGUCUCACCGCGGCCGACGCCUCUCGAUUCGUGACCCCAACGACGCUCGACCUUUCGCACGACGAGCUCGGAGCACGACUCGUCAGGUUCGCGCGGUCGAGAAACGUGCCCAUGGAGUUCACUUCCGUCCGAACAAACCCAUCGGACGGAUUCUCGUCCCUAAUCGAGCACCUUCGGUUGCGGCGACAACAUUCGGCCGAGAAUAAUAACGACGAGGCGCUCGUGAUCAACUGUCACAUGAUGCUACACUACGCGCCCGACGAAACCCUAGCCGAGAGCGGCGGGAUUUCGUGCCGAACGGCGUUUUUGAACGAGAUUCGGAGGUUGAACCCGAGGCUAGUGGUGGUGGUGGACGAGGACGCGGAUUUCACGUCGAGUGAUUUGGUGAGUCGGUUGAGGUCGGCGUACGAUUACUUAUGGAUGCCUUAUGACGCGGUGGACACGUUGUUGCCGGAGGGGAGCGAGCAGAGGGAGUGGUACGAGGCGGAGGUUUGCCGGAAAAUCGAGGACGUGGUGGCGCGGGAGGGGGGGAGGAGGGUGGAGAGAGUGGAGAGAAAGGGGAGGUGGGCGCGGAGAAUGAGGGCGGCGGGUUUCGUGGAUGUGGGGUUCGGGGAGGAGGCGGUGGCGGAGGUGAAAGGGAUGCUGGAGGAGCACGCGGCCGGGUGGGGGCUCAAGAGGGAAGAGGAGGGUCAUCUGGUGCUGACGUGGAAGGGGCACAAUGCGGUUUUUGCUACUGUUUGGGUGCCUGCUUACUUGUAUACAGACUUAAGGACCAACUGGCCUAAAGUAAUACGACCUGGGGGCCUCGACCUCGAGGAGCCCACAAUACAGCUGAUCUCGAGGUGUCGAGCUCGUGUGGUUCGAGGACAGGAAGCCAUAAGUAAAGAAAUACGAGAAAAAGUAUCAAAAGGGAAAGUGAUUCAAGUAAUAACAGAAGACUCCCCAGAGCGGGUUAUCCACAGUGUUUCGGCCUCGCAUAAUGAUGCUCUUGUCAUCACUGCAGAAAUCGAACGUUAUGUGCAAAGAAUUAUAGUAGUGGAGGUGAAGUCAAGUCAGUUGGCGAGUUGUACUGUUAGUCGUACUAGGGCAGUUGCCUUUGAAAGCAAGAAGAUUGAUCAGAUUCCUGGUGGUCAAGCAUCAAUAUCAACCUACUGCAUGAAGGUGAAAUUACCUGUUGGGAAUCAAGUCAGUAAAGUAUGGCAAGGCAAGGCGAUGAUGACUUCUAUAAACCCCAAUCUUUUUAACUAG